AUUUUUUCUAAGAUUUUCUUUAUGAUAGGAGAAAAUGCCAUCGACGGUUAACUACCUAAAUCCAUCGCUUUGAAAAUGCCCGUAUUUUAUCCGCCUGGAACUCUGGAAGUAUGGACGAGACGGCAUCGACGAGCAGAAAACGCCAACGCGAUCCUGAAUCCGGAAGCUCCGAUCUUCUUGAGGAUAGUUUGGCAUUAACUGAUACUUUUGUGGCUGUUCGCAUGAUGUCUGCUCAGUUCCCGUGCAUCGAAAAGGUUUCUAUUCGGCCUUUUGUAUUGCAAUCACAGUUGUAUAGCAGUAUAAAAGAUAGGACACAAGUAGAUAAGGAAUUGGAGAGCAGUCUCUGAAGAGGGAGAAAAUGGUACGCAUUUUAAAGUUGAAUACUGGGCGAGAUGAUCAUGCUAUUAUGCUCUUAGAGGACUACUUAAGUCAGAUUGAGCAUGUCAUUAAGAUAAUGGAAGAAAAGAAGAAAGAAAAACUUACUGUUUUUGAAUGGUUCAAAGCACACAUCAUUUCUUCAAAGCUGGAUCCUUGUAUAGGGCAUCAUGAACUUUGCUCUCUUCUCUCACUUGGAGGCAAAGUCGAAGAGGAACAUGUCUCUCUCUUGAUUAAUGCAGGCCUUCUUAACACACAUUCUUGAUCCCGAAACCAUGGGGUCGUCCUCAUAAAUUCAUAGUCUGUCUGUAUUGUGCAUGCCUCAUAGUGUUUGAAGAAUGAAGACUAAUGUCAUCUCUGAUUCUGCUAAUUUCUAAGACUCGCCAACCUAUUGAUCCAAACAUGUACUGGUUUGCAAUUCCAAGUGUUGGACCAGUGCUCAAGGGUCUUUCACAGGGAAGAAAUGAGCUUUUAUCUUUACUCAACCGCCGAAAAUUCAAAGAGAUGAUGAUGGCCACCCUGGAAAAGAAGCGCCUUCGAUUUUCUCUCUUAGAUAUGAGAUUUCAUCUCCGUGAUUUGAUAGGAUCUGGUCAUCUCACAACUGUUGAGACCCCUAGUGGCUUAAUUGUGAGAGUCUCUAAAGAUUGAAAUUCCGGUAAGAGAAUCUUGCUUCACAUGUAAUUCCUGCAAAGUUGAACACAAAUUUACUUAUAAGCUCACAAUUUCCCCCCUCUUAUUUCAAGAUUAGUGGACCUAAUUGAAAGGAUGCUGUAUUCAUAUUUUUCAUAACUUCACAUUUUUUUUUUCUGGUUUCAAGAUCAGUGGACUUGAUGGAAAAGAUGCUUUUUAUGCAUUCUGUUUCUCAUCGCUCAUAAAAAAUUUCAGUGUUAUCCUUAAUUAUUAUGUAAUGACAUGUGUUUAAGUUCCUCUUUA